AUGCGUACCCAAAUAGCAUUGUGGGCGAGAUUCGUCCCCCUACCCAAAGUCAUCACUGCCGAAUCUCUCGUCCUCACAGUCCCCGACAAAACGAAACGGAAAACGAAGGAACCAUUUCGUCGUGAGAAACCUGUUCAAGAUGAUGUAGGGGAUAUGUCCCGUGAGGCCAAUCCGCUGGGGAGCCAUAUAUACUUCUACACACAUAUCACGAGCAAGAGAGUUAUUUACUCGCUUUACCAGAAUUUAUACAACAACAAGGCCAUGAAACAAGUAACGUUCAUGGGCAAAAAAUCCGUCCCGGAAGCCCUCCGUAAAGACCACUGGACUCCCUUCCUCACCGCCUCCUUCACAAACCCAUCGACAGGCCUAAAAGCUUUCCAACAUCUUCGCGAACUCCGAAAACUCCACGAAACCCAAUGGGAUGUCGAAUUGAAAUCUAAAAAGAUGAAGGAGAGGAGUAAGAUCUUACAAGAUCAACGGGGGAACUCAAUUGCGGAUUUGGCAGCGAUAAUCAAGAGGGAUGUUAAAGAGAAGGAGAAGGUUAGGGUUAGGUGGAUGAAUAUUUAUGAUGCCGAGUAUGCGAAGGAAUGGCCGGAUUGUGUAGUACACGAUGUGGAGACACAAAAGGGAAUUAGGUUCCAUGCUAGGAGGAUGGGGAAAUUUAUGGGCGAUGAGAAGGAGGCACAGAUAACAGCUUCGGAAGCAGUACCGCAGGUUGAAGAAGGCGUUAAGGCUGAAGCUCAGAUCGAAGCGCCUAAGGUUGAGAGCAUACCAGAAGCUAAGCCUGAAGCUGUGCCAGAGGAGCCAAAGAAAUCUGGUUUCGCUUUCUGGCGGUAG